AUGAAUGUUUUAUGCUGGUUAAAAUAUAUUGCAACAUUUAUAUGCAUUUUAUUAUUAGCAAUAUACACAUACAUCAAAUCACGUCUUUUUGGUAAUAAAAAACGUACACCACCAUUACAUAAUCGAGAUUGUAAGAUUGCCAUAGUUGGAGGUGGGAUUGGUGGCGUUGGUGCUGCAUACGCUUUGCUUCGUAGUGGCUAUACAAAUGUGACAAUAUAUGAAUCACGUGAUAAACUUGGUGGAAAUGCUAAAACACAUGUUUGGCAAACUGAUAAUAAGAGUAUUACAACUGGACUUUCUGUAUUAGCCUGGCCAGAAAUAUUUCGUAAUUAUAUUCAUUUAUUAAAUGAAUUAAAUAUUAAAACAACUACAGUUAAAUUACCAUUUUUUAUUGACAAUAAAGAAGAAAAUACUAUUUUUGCUCAUGGAAAACAACAUGGAAAUACUCAACAAUAUAAUAAUGAUUUAAAACGUUGGACUCGUAUGGUUAAUACUGUUAAAUAUGUGUCUAAUUUUUUCAAUGGUAGAGAAAUAUCUUUAUAUCAUUUUUCCCUUUUAAAUCCUUUUAAUUAUAUUUCAAUAAAAAUGUUAAGUUUAUUAUUUGGUAUAUCAAAUCGUUUUUGGAAUAAUAUUGUUGUACCGAUGUAUGCAUCAACAUUUUUAUCAACAAAAUUAUCAUUUAUUCCAUCAUCGAUUCUUUCAAUUGUUGAUAGUUUAAUAUCCAUAGAACCAAAUCGUAUACCAAUUAUGCAAACAUGGUUACAAACAUCAGUAGAUGUAUUUGAUAAAAUGACAAAAGAUACUAUUAUUAAAACAAAUUCACAAGUAAAAAGUGUUCAUAUUAUACAAAAUAAACAUAAUCAAAUUAUGAUUUCUAUUAAUAAUGAUAAUAUAAUAUAUGAUCGAAUUAUUUUUGCAUGUGAUAGUCAAGCAAUAAUUAAUGCAUUAAAUAAUGGUAAUACAAAAAUUUCGUUAUUAUUGAAAAUAAUGUUAUCUAAUGUAACAUACAGUGAUGAUGAAGAUUCUAAUCUAUUAGAUGGAAUUAUUCAUCGUGAUAUAAAUAUUCUACCAAAGAAACAUGCCGAUAAUUUACGUAGAAACUAUGCUAAUUAUAUUGAUGUAAAAUAUGAUAAAAAGAAUAAAACAUUUUAUCAUUACAAUACAUUUAUCUUAAGUUCUUGGUUACCUAAUGUAAAGGUUAUAUUAGAAGAAAAUCAAUUAGAACAUGACACAAUGGAACCAAUGCUAGUUACUUAUGCACCCUCUUCUGGUCAACUAACUCCGUCAAUUGAUGAAAAGAAAAUUUAUGGAAAAGUAGAUAAUCGACGGGCACAUCCAAGUCUAUCAAUACGUAAUCAAACUAUUUCAUUAUUAACACGAUUGAUACAAGGAGAAAAUGGAAUGUAUUUUUGUGCAAGUUCUGUAACACCAGCAAAUGGACAUGAUCUUUCAUUGAUAUCAGGAUUUGCAGUUGCUCAAUUGAUCGGUGCUGAAUAUCCAUUUGCUGAUGAUCUAGAUGCAUUACGAGAUUUUAAUCUAUUCAAAAGAAUGUGUAUCAAUUAA